AUGGUGACGAGAACAAAAAAAAUAUUUGUUGGCGGCCUUUCCGCUCCAACCACUCUUGAGGACGUGAAAAACUACUUCCAACAGUAUGGACGGAUUGAAGACGCAAUGCUCAUGUUUGACAAACAGACUAACCGGCAUCGAGGUUUUGGUUUUGUUACAUUCGAAAAUGAAGACGUUGUGGAUAAAAUUUGUGAAAUUCAUUUCCAUGAAAUUAACAACAAAAUGGUUGAAUGUAAAAAAGCCCAGCCGAAAGAAGUUAUGAUGCCGAAUGCCCUUGUCCGUGGGAGAGGAACAGGCAGAGGGGCCUUUGACCUUGUUUGGCCACUUGGAGCCCUAACUGAUGAUUCUGACGUCCUGUGUACCCCCCUGUCUUCAGUAGGGUUCCCGGCCUAUAGCUACGGACGGGCAAGUUACCCAGGAUACCCAGGUUUUGGCCACUUGUUUGCAGGCUUCCCUGGAUUUAGUUACAUCCAUCCACCACCUACGACAGACCGGCCACCCGCCACCCUUUAUGCUGACCAUUACACCACUACUCCAGCUCUCACCCCUAUUACUAACAUCACCCGAUCCGAGCCCUCUUCCAUAGCAAUUAAUAAUAGUUACUUACCUAGGGAUCAUUAUAUACAACAACGACAUACAGUGGAACUAAAUGGCCAGCAGACCUCAGCGCCUCUACUAACCCAAGCUUUAUCAGUGAUAAAUAACUAUGGGCCCACGGGGUUUGCUCCGCCCACCUCCCCUGCCAACAACCGUGGGUUUCCUGCCACGAAUAGUCCGGGACCGAUUGACCUGUACAGUUCGAACCAUGACACCAUGGGAUACGUCCAGGCCACUAGCCCUCAGCCAUCUGGGUUUCCCCCUAUCGCUGUCAGCAGGGGUCCUCUGAUUGCAGCAGCUUUCACUAACGGAUAUCACUGAAGUUGACCAGCAUUAGUAAGCUAGGAUAAGUUGGAUCCUCAGGGAAGAACAGAAAGAUGCUGUGACUUCUGGUUUUCUGAAUAAAAUGGACUUUAUGGACUAUAUAUUGCACUUGUGUCUGGGUGAGCCUAUGUUUAAUAUGAUAAUAAACUAAGAUCCAGUAAAAGGCUAACCUGCUAAUCUGUGGAGAUCUUCAAUGUAAUUAAGAGUUGGAGGCUAGACGUGGAGCAGAAGGAAGGUGUUAUUUUGUUGAUUUUCCUUUGCUGGUGAAGUACUUACUCGAUCAGAAGACUUGGAUUCAAAGGCAAACUUUUUUUUUUCGGUUUUCGAAAAACAUGGUUGAUGUUGUAAAAAUGUCUUGUUGAACUGAUAACCAAGUAGGCCUAUACUUCGAGGUCAUCAGUUACUUUGAUCGUUACUAAUACUGUCUCCAUAGUAACCACUCUGGGGGCUUUUGUUUGUUUCUUUGUCUAAUUGUGAUCCAGCCUGGUCUGAUGUUAUUUGGGAUUGAUAAAGUCCAGUUAAUAAAAUAAAAAUAAAAAAGAGAGAGACUGUAUACCUCUUUUUACUGUGAAAUUUACAUAAUUCUAAUCUUUUUGUGUGUGUGUGUAUGUGUGUUUAACAUUUGUUCUUUCACUAUGUACCACAUUAUUAGGUAAUACAUCAUUACAAUAACAAGUGUGUGUUCUAAUGAAAAGUUGGUAGUUAGGCCUCUCUUUCUUUAUCUUUGUAUUUUUUAACUUUGAUCUUUUUACUUUUUUUUUUCGAGUAUUUAACUCAUAUUUUUAUGCAAAUUUUCAUACACUCGAAAAGUAGAAGCAUAAAGUUUAUGAAAUAAACACAAAACCUUAAUAACUAGCAAUUGUAACAAAUAUAGACCUCUUUAGUUUGAAAACUGCUAGUUUAAUCUGUGAACAUUUAUCAAGAUAGAGUCAAAUAAUUUGUUUUACAUAUUGUAGUCCUAUUAAUACAACAAAGACUUAUCUUAUCCGAUAGAAAAUGCUUCAUACAAUAUGCUAAAUAUUUAAAGAUUUUUUUUAAAAAUGAAUUUCGAAGUUGUGUAUUACGAUAUUUUCUUUAAACGUUAUGGCUGAGUGCAAACCUCGUUUUCAUCUACUCGGACUGCAUCUUUGUAACCGCCUAAGUCUGGUGACGUAAGCCUAAAACUCGAGAUACAAAUGCAAAGACAUUCGUAUUUCAAAUAAUCUUUAUUCAAAAAUGAUUUAUUAUCAUUAUGUUCGAAGCGCAGAUCAGAGUAUAAUGUAGCUUGGUUGAACAAGUUUCAUUAGAAUUAGAGUUAAAACGGGUAAAUCUUGUUAUAGUAUAGAAGAAAGAUCCCGUCACUCCACGUUUUUCUUUUGAGCUUUAGAACGUUUUCUAACGCUAUUUAAAAUGAGAUAGUGGUGUGCGUGUUGUGUGCGUUGUUUGUCUAUAUUUGAUUCUGAACGUGUUAGAAGUAUUUGAACGCUAACCGUAUUGAUUCUACUCGAGAAACAGUCGUUGCUUUUAAGUUUUUAUCAGACUAGAUUUAUUGGUAAUAUUUGGCGCUUAUUAUUAUUGUUCAUUCAUUGUAUAAUGUUGUUAGGUUAAUCUAAGUGGAUAGUCAAUUUGGUCACCAGCAGUAAUAUGCUCGAGACGCGUUUUCAGUCGAGAUCAUGAUCAACUACUGUUAGGCUUAACCAAUUAUUUGCAUGAAGAAUGUAAUUGUCUGAACGUUCACCCUUCAACGGUUUAAAAUGUUUUUUCGCAAUCUGAAAGACAGCUGGAUUUUUUUUAAGUGUUUUGAUAAAAUUUAUUGUUUUUCAAGACAGAGAUAUUGUUCGAAUAAGGCUCGUAAAAACGAAUCGUUUUAAGUAAAAUUUUAAAAUAUGUCGUUUUUUUUAAUAUCUUACAAGUGUCACUUUUCCUUUGGCCUCACAAUUUCUCAUAGUAGAAUAUUUGGGAGAAAAGUCUUGGCGUAGAACUUAGCUUUACUUUUUACGUUUAUUUUCAAACAUUUGAGGUAUUAACUUUGUAUAAAAAGGUAGUAAACAAUAUCAUACUUUUCUCAAAUAAACUAUUUCAGCUCGAACUGAACUUUGUAUAAAUUGAACAAAUCUGUUGUCAGUCCUUUUAGAGUAAAAAUAUAGACUAAUGCACUAUUUAUGCUUUAUCACGAGGCGUGAACAAGGCCACAUGAUUUAAAGAGAAAAUAAAUUUUGUUUUUGUUUUAAGUAAACUUUUUAAUUUAUACGUGUAUAUAUAUAUAUAUAUA